AUGGCGUUUGGAACAAGUAAAAGGUUGAUGGAUUAUUACGAGUAUCGUUUCCAGAAAUAUUUUUAUAAGGAAGGUACAGUUUUGGAUUCUCUAUCGUCACAUUUGCAACAUGAGAUAUUGGUAACCAAUUGCAAAAGACUGGUUGAAAAUGUUCCGUUUUUCACUAAUUUUCCCCAAAAUCUCAUCAUGAACAUCGUCAAGCUGUUGGAUGCCGAAAUAUAUCUACCCAAGGAUUAUAUUAUUAAAGCAGGAGAACCUGGAAACUGCAUGUACUUCAUAAAUUGCGGAACAGUAGCUAUUUAUGGAGCAAGUUUAAUUGAAAAAAAUCAUUUGUACGAUGGAGAUUAUUUUGGAGAAGUAUCUCUAGUCACAGGAGAAGUUAGAAUAGCUUCUGUGGUUGCAAUAGAAACAUGUGAACUUUAUACAUUGUCCAGACAACAUUUUAUGGAAGUUAUGGGCCCUUAUCCACAUUUAUUUGAGAAAAUAAAGGACACUGCACUUAUUCGGGCUAAUAUUAAAAUGGCUGUCAAGAAAUGGCUUAGUUUUAGAAAAUCGGAUACUUGA